AUGGCUUCUACCGCUCUAUCCAAUACCUCUGCUUCACGCCCUCAGUGCCCGACAGUACAGGUCGAAUUUGGAGGCCAGAAGGUCGAUGUACCCAAAGGCGGAUACUACGAUCGUUAUCGUAUGAACCCGGACCUGGACGAGGUAGCCCGUGAUCCGGCAGUUGGAACCGACAUUGACUUUUUCCGACAAAUCCCGAAGAAGCUGGUCGAUUCGAGAGUUGGCCAGGUAUACGCACCUAACUUCUACUACCGCACGAAGAGUGUACAGCUUCUCUUUCUCGCACCCCUUGACAACUUGAAGUCGAAGCUCCCAGCACCUUUGGAGCCCAUCACUGCAUUGCCUGGAUAUGGAUUGGUGGCGUUGACGUUUUACUCGUAUCUCGUCUGCGAUAACGAUCCUUAUAACGAGGUCUCUAUCGCCGUUAUCGUCCGCCAGCCUGGUAAAGGAAGUUACAGUACGACCCAAUUGUUCAGCUCUAUUUGGAAUCGAACCUUCUAUGGAUACGUUUUGGCUCUACCUGUCGAUACCGAAAUCGCUCGAGUACGUGGUGUCUACGGAUACCAACUACCUAAAUGGCUCGCCAAUAUCAAUUUGGAGAUGGAGGAUAACAAUAUCAAAGCUGACAUCACUGCGACCGAUGGAACACUCGAUCUGGCACUGGAUGUUCCCCUUCCGGCGUUGAAAACAAUACCGCCGCAAUCUUGGAUUAUCAAUAACAACGCAAUCAACAAGAUCGACGAAAAAUGGUACCAGGUGACAGUUCAGACGAACCCACUCCUUGGGGCACAGCGAGUCUUCCCUCGGAACGUCAACGUCUAUCGGGGCAGAGGUCCACUGAGCGAACUUCUUAAUGAAUUAGGCGCCUGGACCGUCCUGCGGAUAGACGUACUGAAGGAUGCACAGAUGAUCUUGAACAUGCCAACACUCUUAAAAGCUUUUGAUAACAUCAAGCUUUGA